GAGGAAUCACGUGCGGCGGGAGGGGGCGCGGCCUGGGGAGGAGCAGGGAGCGAAGCUGCGGUUACCAAGGCGACGGGAGGAGCCGGCGGGGGCUGCGGGGCAGGUAGGCCGCGCCGCGCCGGGGCCGGAGCUGGGCGCGGAGGGGCCGCGCCGGGGGGCGGCCGGUGCCCAGGUUUUUCAGUGAUGAGGCUGAGCAGCGACUCCUAACCAUGGGCGAUGUCCUGGCUUACGAGGCUGAAUUGCUUGGACUAGUGAGAGAGUAUUUGGAUUUUGCUGAAUUUGAAGAAACAGUGAAGAUAUUUGUGAAGGAAUGUAAGAUAAAAGGGAAGCCACUACCUAAAUCAGCAGGUGUUUCCCUGAGAGAUUCAAAAGCUUUGACCAUUCAGAAAGAUCUGCUUACGGCAUUUCAAAAUGGAGAGCAGAAAGUUUUCUUCCGACUUUGGAAGGAGCAUAUAUCGUCUUCAGUUCGAGAUAGUGAGCCGGUUGCUCAGAAGCUGGAGUUCUAUCUUCACAUACACUUUGCCACCUACCUCUUGAAACACUCUGUGGGAAAACCUGACAAAGCUGAACUUGAGGAAAGGAUUUGUCACUUUAAAACAUACCUAGAAACAAAAGGAGCUGCACUUAGCCAGACAACAGAGUUUCUUCCCUUCUACGCUUUGCCUUUUGUUCCUAAUCCCAUGGUACAUCCUUCAUUUAAGGAACUUUUCCAGGAUUCUUGGACAUCAGAUUUAAGGACAAGAUUGGAAAAGUUCCUGUCUCUGACUCUCAAAGCCAGCCAGACACCCAGGCUUCUCACUUUAUUUAAGGAGAAUGGACAGUGCAACAAAGAAAUGUUACAACAGCUUCAUCAACAGUUAGUGGAGUCUGAGCGCAGGACCAUGACCUACCUGAAACGGUUUAACAAAAUGCAAGCAGACUACCAUAAUCUCAUUGGGGUCACUGCAGAGCUCGUGGAUUCCUUGGAGGCCACAGUCAAUGGCAAGAUGAUCACACCAGAAUAUCUUCAAAGUGUUUGUGUUCGCUUGUUUAGCAAUCAGAUGAGACAAAGUGUAGCACACAGUAUUGACUUCACAAGGCCUGGAACUGGAUAUUACUCUAUGAGCCCUUGUGAUGACGAAUAUGCUUCUACAAUGUUAAGAGCAUCUUUAGCCCCUGUGAAGAUGCAGGAUGUGCCGUUGUUGCCCUCUUUGGAUUAUGAGAAGCUGAAGAAAGAUUUGGUUAUGGGGAAUGAUCGUCUCAAGGCCUUCUUACUGCAGGCCCUGCGCUGGCGCUUGACAACAUCGUAUCCCGGAGAACAGAGAGAUACUGUCCUGCAAGCGUACAUCAGUAAUGACCUCCUAGAUUGCCACAGCAAUUGUCAGAGAAAUGUCCUCAAAUUAUUACAUUCAAAGAGUGAGGUAGUCAGACAGUAUAUGGCAAGGCUCAUCAAUGCUUUUGCUUCACUGGCAGAAGGUCGUCUCUACCUUUCUCAGAAUCCAAAGUUGCUGCGAAUACUGGAGGAGAGACUGAAAGCUGAAGACAAGGAUUCCCUUACACGGGAGAAUGUUCUGGGGGCUCUUCAGAAAUUCAGCCUCAGGCGUGCAAUGCAGUCAGCAAUGAUCAGAGAUGGGCUCAUUUUCUGGCUGGUUGAUGUUCUAACAGAUACAGAUUGCCUGUCUGAUUACACACUGGAGUAUUCUGUUGCCUUGCUCAUGAAUCUUUGUCUGAGGAGUGCAGGAAAGAAAAUGUGUGCAAAGAUUGCAAACCGUGUGCUCAGAGUUCUCUCUGAUCUUCUUGGCCAUGAGAAUCAUGAGAUACAACCAUAUGUGAAUGGAGCACUGUACAGCAUUCUUGCCAUCCCUUCUGUCCGAGAAGAAGCCAGAGCAAUGGGAAUGGAAGAAAUUCUGCGCUGCUUUAUCAAGGAAGGAAAUGCAGAGAUGAUUCGACAGAUUGAAUUUAUUAUCAAACAGCUCAAUUCAGAAGAGCCAUUAAAUGAUAGCAUUGUGUCUGAUGAUGAAGAGGAGGAAGAGGAUGAGGAAGAGGACCAUGACACCAUGGAGGCUGAUCUGGACAAAGAUGAGGUUUUGCAGCCUCAGCUGGGAGAGCUUGCAGGAGAGAAGCUGCUGACAACUGAGUACUUGGGAAUAAUGACUCAUACUCCAAAAACCAAGAAGAAGCUGUUCCCUGGUGUCCAUCAGAGUAUAGAUGAGCCUCUCCAGAGACCUGUGACGCCAGGUUAUCACAGGACUGUGUACCCAAUGCCAGAAAGCGAUGACAUUUCUUGCCACGGGAGGGAUGAAAAACUCCAGUCCUUGCCGGGUGAUCAUCCUCCCAUUCGUAGCAGGAGCAGGUCCAGCAUCUCUGACCUCUGCAUUUCCUCCUCAUCAAUUGAAAUGGAGUCAUCUAAGGUAUUCUCAUCAGGCCACAGAAUGGACCAACGCAUCCCAGCUGCUGACAACAUCUUGUCUUCCCGAUCUACUGAGUUCACCCAAGACAAAGUAAAUGGGCUAUCUAAUAGUGAGUUUUCCUCAGCCUUUACUAGCAAACCUAAGAUCCCUCGCACCCCUGAAGUGCAGAGUGCCAGCCCUAGAAAGGGAAAGAUCCCAACCAUUGCCCCCCAGUUCUCUCAGUCUGGACCCCAGCAAAUGAGCCGCCCCAGUUCUUCAGGUUCAUCCACGAGGAGCAGACAGAGUAGCCAGUCCUACAGGAAGUGAGAACAGUUGCUUUCCUCGAGAAUCACCUGUCACUUUGCUGAAGGACAGAGCCAGCUUCCUGUAAUGACCUUUACUGGCGACCUACUUGAGAAGAGAGUGGGUUAUUAAUAUGGCACGUGUACACCUUGCACAGUGAUUCAGGAAUUAUCUGAUGGGAUGCAUCUUUUGUCAUCUCUACACCUGAUUAAAACAAGGGCCUCGUUACAAUUGAAGGUCUCAGCAGCAGCCGAGGACUGGUAUGAUAGAUGAAUGUGCUCCCAGUGUCUCCGAUAGUUUGCUCCUAAGAGACAUUGCCACCUUGAGAAGAGUCUCUUGUUCUCUGCCUUCUGUGUCACAGUAAACAGCCUUUGGAGACAGUCCGUAGGGCAGGAGUCUGGCCGGGCAACUGUCUUGUUUACCUAUUGCUUGCUGAACUAGCCUGUCACUUGCUUUUUUAAAAUUAUUUCCUUGUGAAUGAGCUGGGGGAUAUCUGUGUUCAAGGAUCUGCACUAGGAGUUUUGUGUGAGAUGAGAUCUGGGUUUAGCCACCAGAGACUGGAGAAAAAGCAUUUCGUCAACUUGUGAUUGAUCUGUAGCAACCGAAAAACACUGCGCCAUUGCCCAAAGCAGAGUCCUUGCUCGCUUCUGAGGAUCUGGUGAGCAGCUUUAUCUGCAGCUAUUACUCCUAUACAUUCUUUUUGAGUUGGAUUUUUUCUUAAAUUUGCUUGUUAAUGUUUGCAGAAUGAAUACUCCACUUUUCCACUGGAAUGAAGGACUUUAUUUCUUCAUUCAGAGGAGAAGCCAUAAAAAUGUGAACAGAUCAGAAGCAGCUUUCCCUUCCCAUUUGAUUACGGAUGGUCUCCUUUGAUCUUUGUCACAUUUUCUGAUGUCCUUCACUUCUGAGCAGCAUUUUAUCUUUAUGAAAUCUAGACUGGUCUUCAGUCAUUAUGAAAUGCUGUCUAGGCAAGAGAGAUCAGGAAGCCCUUCACUAAAUAAAAGUCCUGCAGUUAAUUCUGCCAGUGAUUUAUGAAGCCAAAACUGUUUGUUGUUCUUUCUCUCAAAAGUAACAGUGACCAGGAAACACUGAAGUCUUUACUGACCAUUGGCUUUUCAAUAACAUCCCCUCAUGUGACACUGCUGUUAGGACAACAGCAACAACUUUUCCAGAAACUCAGUUUGCCUUGGAACUUGGCUCCCACUGGCAGGGGGAAGUGUAUUUGUCAUAGGUGGACUUCAAAAGCAAAUGCUUUAGCAGGUUCCAAAAGAAAAGCUUUAACUUCUCCCUUUUUGAGUUUCAGCUCAAGAAACAAAGAACAACAACACAGUCUAAAAGCCACUCCAAAUAGUGCCAUUUACCUUCCCCUGGCAGAAAGAGUUGCGCAACCACAAAUGAUUUCCAUAGGACUGGAAGAAAACUUUGUGCUCAUGCUGAGACCUUGGAUUGUGCCUACCCGUGUGCAGUGGCUACUGAGUAGCCAGGGUGAUUUCCUAGUGUGACACAGUUGCCAUGAGGUAGACCAAGAUCAGUGACACUAUGUCGGUUUCUUGCAGAAAGGGAUCCCACCUUCAAGUUCCUGUAACCCCAUUGAAUAAUAGACUUCAAAUUGGAAUCAGGAUCUUCUACAGGGCAAGAUAACCCCUAGUUUAAAAUCUAGUCAUGUUCAUGCGAAAGUUAUAAUUUAGUGUUUGGUAACUUCAGGGUGCCCACAGGCCUAGCAUAAAGCAGUCAGAGCGUGGGUGUUGCUUUAACUCCAAAACUGCAUAGAACCUAAAACCCUGAUAGCCUCUGUCCCAAGAUCUCCAUGCCAGACAAAGAAAUGACAGAAAAUUUCCAACCUGUCCUUAGAUUCACCUACUUCUUCUCAAAGGUGAUAAACACGAUUAAUGGAAAAAUGUCCUCUGAUUCACAAAAAGGCAGCAAUGGAAAGCAGCCAUAAAAACUCACUCGUGGUUUUCCAGUGUAGCUAGCUUUUCUUUUUCCUUUGAAACCAUGUAUUUUUUUCCAGCAAGUAAUAUCAAUGGCCAAGUUGUUAACAUUGAAGUGCUGAGCAUUCAUUUGCAUAUGUGGACAUACAGAAUGCCCCAGCAGUUGAGUUUUAUUUAUUUUACGGCAGUGCUAAGUUUCAGGUUGGAGCAGACCUGACCCUGAGAUUCAGAGCAGCUUUUGAGAAGUGUUGAGUGCAGUGACUACUUAAAAAACAAAACGUAACAAAAAUAUCCCAAACCCCCAGCUUACUGGGCAUACCACGAGUUGAAGCCAAAACUGUAUGCUUUUAAGUCAGCUAAAGGAAGGUUGAUAGGCACCAUGCAGAAGAUCUAGAUUAGUAAAAAAACAAAAUGCAUCUUGCAGAGCUGGACUGGAAGGAACAAGCUGAAGUGUGUGAAUAAGUGUGUUUGUUUCUUACUCUGGCCUGCUGCAAGGCAGAACUCCAUACAUACUUUUUGCCAUGUUCAACUCUUAGUGUGAGUAUAGAGUUCGAAAACUGUGAGGCUAUCUUUUAUAUUAAUGCUUGAGAAACUUCUGUUUUCCACAUGUGUGGGAUGAGAGAAACUGUGUAUGUGCUUUGAAAUAAAUUAUCAGCUGAGCAGCAAUUUGAGAGGCUGACAAGGUAACCUGUCCCUCUUUGCUCUGUGUUGCUCACAAAAAGCCCCUGCAAUGUCAGUCAGAAGCUUUUGAAGCUAAUGAGAAAUGUUGAUAUUGUCCUUCUCAGUUGGACACCACUCUUCAGGGCAGAACAGUCCGUGGAUAAAGGUCAGUGACAUGUACACAGUAAAUUCUGCAUCUCACUCUUAAAAGUUGUUAGGUGUUUUUUCUGUACACUAUGCAGAGGCUGCUGCUAGAUGCAACACCACCCUGGUAAGUUCAUAACUGGACCAGUGAAAACUGCCUGUUUGUGAUUGUACUUAACCUGGCUCUGAUCUUGUUUACAAGAAGCCAGUGUAGUAACUGCACAUAUAGCAUAGAUCUGAAAGGAAAGAUUUCCUGGGGCCAAAGUGUUAUGUGAUUCUACCAUGUUUCUUGGAUAUACCUUUUCGAUAUUCAUUCUAAUUUUGUUUAGUUUCUUGGAUAUACCUUUUCUGUAUUCAUUCUAAUUUUGUUUAUGGGUAUGGUAAUACAAGACGUGAACUGCCUAUGUCUAUUUAAAUUUGCAUGGAGGGCUGAGUCAUUCUGUAUGAUUGCUUUAAAAUCCGCUGGCAGUGAUUGGGUGAAUAUGUUUCUUAAGGGAUAUGUUCAUUUUUUCUCCUUUUGGAGGUCUCUUUGAGGUCUUGUGGAUUUUUAGGGUGUGCAUUUCACAUUUCACAUUUCACUACAUUUUAUUACUGACAAAUUCUGUUGCCAACUCUUUUAUCUCCACCUGAAUUGAAAACACAGCUCCCUCCUGUUCGACCUGGCCUGUCUCUGCAGCAUGUUUGCUCAGAAGUGGCACAAAGUGGGUAUGAACCACUCAUUGUGUUUGGUGUCUCAUGAGGAGAGGCUGGGCACGUGGGAUGCCACCAGUGGCAUUGGUUUGGUGUUGGAGGUAUUAUUUCUUGGUGGAUGUAAAUGUGUAGAGCAGGACAAGCAAGGAAGUUUUCUGGAGAUAAAAUAUUCCUGUGCUGGGGAGGGACAAAGGUGGCUUGGUUUGGUUUUGUGCUGUUUUCUUUGAACAAAGUUCACUAGUCUUUAUAAAUCAUGGUGGCGGUUACAGGGCGGAGACAAAAAGCGCAACAUUGCAUUCAUACACAUCUUUGAGUAGUAGCAGUAGUAGUGGAAAAACAAGCAGGCUACCUUCCUCCGAGGCAUUUAAGUACAUCUGGACUUUCCUUUUAGCUUGGGGCUUGAGUCCAUCUUUGAGCCAAAACUUCCUGGCAGUUUGCACUAUCUUCACACUUUCUUGCAAUCUGGCUCCAGAUUGGAACAAGUUGCUUCCCAGAAGGAGGGAGCAGUGGGGUUGGAGCAGGGGGAUGGGAGAGCCAGGAGGUGUCCCUUGCCGAACAAGAGGUGUCUCACCGACGAGCAUCGGAGCUGAGCCCCAGUCCUGCAAGGGACCUUGGACACCGCGGCGCACUGAAGCUGAGGUGCGUGGGCACGGCUAACAAACAGCGUACAGAUGUGGUCUUACGUAUCUCCGCUGACCCCAGGGGGAACUAAGUACCAAAAUAUCUCUGUGAUUAAGCCAUGUGGACUUCUCCAGGCCUUUGUAGGAACCUCUGCUUAUUCGUGUAGAUUGUAAAAGGAAUGGGGCUCUCAAGGAUUUGUUGAAGGGUAAGAAAUAACAAAAUGUUUCAGGGCAAACAAAAUGAACUUUAAGAUCAGGCUGCUCUAGCCAAGCUUUAUGCUAAUCUCCUAUUAGCAGCAGCAAAAAACAAACUUCUGGGUGCAAGAGUUGUCCUGCCUUAUCAGGCCAGUAAUUUUUCUAGCCUCACAUCUUGUCAGUGGUCAGUAUCUGAUGUUUCAAAGCAAGGUUUUUUCCCAUCUCCAGACUUCUUUCUGUCUUGAGGUGAAUGGGCGUUAUAUCCGAUUAUAGGAUCAUGAUCCAAACUUCCAUUCUUUAAGGAUCUGAUGUCUCCAAACAACAGGCUGAGCGGCAAACUCUAGGAUGUCUAAUAAGCUUCUGGAACAUUAUUACAAGUUCUAUCAGCAGUCCUGGCUUAUGCUCCAAGUUUCCAAGAAACAAGUGCAUUAAUUUAUUGCAGUAAAAGUGAAAAUACUUCACUUUAUGUACACAUACAAACUGUAAGAAAUCCAUUUGACAGUCUGAAAUGUUCAUUUUGCGUUUAUCAUCUUUGAAAUGUGGUAAAUGCUGUUCUGAUGACUUGAAGUGCACAGUUUUGGAGAGUGUAAAUUAUUUUGUUCACUUCAGGUGUGAAUGACCUAACAAUGUAUUUAAUUAAAAAAAAGGUUUCCAGUGUA